AUGAAAUCCCACCCUGCUAUUCUGCUGGUCUCUCUGCUGGUGAUCUGUCACUCUGUUUACACAGCUAUCCUAGAAAUCCCCGGUUCCUAUAAGAGCUGCAGAUGCACAAAGCAGACUUCAGACUUUAUAUCGCCCAGGAGAUAUGAAAGUAUUGAGAUCAUUCCUUUUGGGGGUGCCUGCCGAACCACAGAAAUUAUACUCAAACUAAAAACAGGGCAGAAAUUGUGUGUGAAUCCCAAGGCCCCCUGGAUGCAGAAAUUGCUGACUAAGAUCCGUAACCAAAAGGAACAAACACCUUCCUCACAAAAUGAAUAG